GCGUGUGUGUGUUGCAUAUUUUACCAUAUACAUAUAUAAGAACGAAAAUAUGACGGAAAAAAAUUUGACCUUUUCAGAUAGUAUCAUACAUUUUCUGUAUAAGAGGUUGGGGGUGUGGUUACUGAUGUUGUAAAAACACGUUUUUUAAAAAUAAUUUAUCAAUAAUGGAAUUUUUUUUUGAAGAAUAUAGCCGUUUUGAAGAAAGAAUAUUACAUAGUUUGGAAGAUAAUGGCAUAAAACAUCGGAUAAAGGCUAACAGUGGAUUAUGGCUUGGAACAUUAGUAGGUCUAAGUGCAAUUUUAACUCUACUAAAAGAAGAUGCUAGUUAUUCUGAAAUCUGUCUCAUUGUGGGUCUCACAGGAAUUGGUCUUGUUAUUAGUUCUAUAUGUUUAUAUUUGAGACUGUCAUCUGAGAAAGUGGUAGUUAAAGAUUUUCAAGCUAUAUAUUUUUUACCUGCUAUAAUAACAUCUUUAUUAUAUCUUUUUGUAGUAAAUAAAGGAUUACUGGUGAGUGUCACAUGGGGCUUAGGUAUUGGAAGUUUAGGAACUUGGGGUAUUCUUCAAUUAAUGUCUACAUUUCCUUAUUGUUUCACAAUUGGAGAAGCAACGGCAGUUAUGCAUGGAUGUAUUUUAUUUCUAAUGUCUGCAGUAACAAAUUUGCCACUAAGAUAUCAUUUGCCACCUAUCCAUGAUGAUGAUAUCGCAACAGUGUUUUUACAGGUUGCAAUGCUAUACGUGAUAUCAGUAUGUUUAAUAUCUAGUUAUUUUCCAAUGUUUCACUUGACCAGAAAUUUUUAUAUAAUGACAAUCACAGUUUUGUCAAUUGCAGUUUUACCAUUAAUGUAUGUUUUAUUGGAUCAAAAUCCUUUUAUUUGGAUGUUUUACUUUAUCUGCAAUAAAACAAAUAAGAUUAUAUUAAUUGGAUACUGGGCUCUAUGUUUACUACUAGGAGUAUUAGUUGUUAUAUAUCAGAUAUUAUUAAAUAUUCAAGCAACAACUUCAACUAGAAAAAUAUUUCACUUAUUAGCUGUCCUUGUAUAUAUACCUGGUUUAAUAUAUGAACAUGUUUUGCUGUAUUUAGCUAGUGGUAUAAUAAUGGGAUUGUUUAUAUUUCUUGAGUUGAUGAGAUACUUACAAAUAUCACCUUUUGGAGAAGCAUUACAACAAGGAUUUUCUGUGUUUGCUGAUGAAAAAGACAAUUUGAUUUCUUUAACACCUCUGUAUUUAUUUUGUGGUUUGUCCUUUCCACUUUGGAUGCCUACCAAUAAUCUUUCAUUACCAGUUUUGCUUAGUGGUAUUUUAACAGUUGGUGUGGGUGAUACUGUUGCUAGUUUUGUUGGUAGUAGAUGGGGUUAUCACAAGUGGGCCAAUUCCAAUAAAUCUGUUGAAGGAACGAUUGCUUGUAUUCUUAGUCAAAUUGGAUUAAUAUGUAUUUUAGCAUUUAUGGGUUAUAUAGAUAAUGGUUGGUUAUUUUUGCAAAGCUUGUUAUCGAGUAUUGCACUAUCAUUUAUUGAAGCACAAACAAAUCAAGUUGACAAUUUGGCGUUACCUUUGUUGAUGUAUGUAUGCCUAAUGAUUUAAGCAUUUAAUUAAUAUAAAUGCAAUGACAAACAAUAAGUAACAGUAAUUGUUUUGAAGGUAAUAUGAAUAUAUUUGAUUGUUCAAUCUAAAUUGUGGACCAAAGGUGUACUGUUUUUUUAAUUCAUUUCUUUAUUUAUCUUUAUAUGUGAAGAUAUGUAUACAUAUAUUUUCUUGUACAUAACAUCCUUUUUCAUUCUUAUUUCUUUUAUUACGAAUAAAAUUAGUU